AACGACUCAAACCCUUGGAGCUCAUGUCACUAUUGGCAGUCCUUUCUCAGCCAAGCAUCAGACACUAACUGACACGUACUAUAGCUCCUAACUCCCACUUGUCACUUUCUUAUGUCUUUGUCUGAUAUUUUUUAGAGCGAGUCACUGGUCAAGUUAACGAGAGGAAGUUGGGUGAGAGUGAUUAGUACAGAAGGUUGAGUCUUUCUUGCUCAAUUUUACAGGCAAAUGUAAUAUAAAAAAUGGGGUCAGUAGCGAAGAGAGGACUGCAACAGUACUUGUUACAGCUUCAACAGCACCCCCUGAGAACUAAGGCAAUUACAGCAGGGGUGUUAUCAGCUGUCAGUGACAUAGUAGCACAGAAACUCUCUGGCAUACAGAAACUUCAAAUUAAAAGGAUUUUGCUCAAAGUGCUUUUUGGGUUUGGAUAUCUGGGACCAUUCGGGCAUUUCCUACAUUUAAUGCUGGAAAAAAUGUUCAAGGGAAAGAAGGAUACCGCAACAGUUGCCAAGAAGGUGGCUGUGGAGCAGUUGACAGCUUCUCCUUGGAACAACUUGGUUUUCAUGAUUUAUUAUGGGAUGGUUAUUGACGGAAGACCCUGGAUGCAAGUGAAAACUAAACUAAAAAAGGAAUACCCAGCAGUGCAGUUCACAUCAUGGACGUUCUGGCCAGUCGUUGGGUGGGUAAAUCACCAGUACGUGCCACUGCAGUUUCGUGUUAUUUUCCACAGCCUUAUCGCAGUAGGCUGGGGAAUAUUUCUAAAUCUCCGAGCAAAGUCAAUGGCGUUGACCAAAGGUUAACAGAAGAACAGAAAUCACCAAAGAUGAAUAAUGCUUCCUGUUGCAUGAACAUAUUAUGUGGCUAGCACAUUGUUUUGAGCAACCAUAAACUCAGCAAUAUUAGGCCUUCAAUUAUUUGUGUAAUGUGUGAUGGAUAUUGAUGAAAUUUUUUUUGGGAAAUGUUAUCUCUUCUCUUUCUCACA